AUGAGUGAACAGUCAUCAUCAUCAUCUUCAUCAUCCCCUUCUUUGUUGUCAUUAGCACCGAGAGGAGGAUUAUCAGAUUUAACAUUACUCAAGAUCAUCAAUGACCUAGAAUGUAAUCAAGAUAUAGUAUGUCUGUUGAUGACAUGUAAAGCAUACUAUAGAGAGUUUAAGAAAAUGUAUGCACAGGUUAUUACUUUUAAAGGUAUUAAACCAGAUGAUACUCGUCGAUUGUAUGCGGGCACACACAUGUACUCAGUUGUUAGUUCACAUAUGCAACCGUUUAAAGAGAUUUUCAACGCAUCGUUACUGGCCUUUCAAACCAAAAAAGCAUUAGAACUCUCCAAACCAACUACAACUACCUCGUUGGCGAUCCACAGUGUAUGGCCAACAAGAGAAUCUAUCUUGGAAUCUGUCGAAGAUCCUACUCAAGUGACAUCUCUAUCAUUGAAUGAGUUCUCUGACGAAAUUAAAGAUAUUCCGCCACUGCUCACAUCCAUCACUACCAUGACAGUACAUUUCAAGACAAUCUUACCACGAUUUCCAUCAUCCAUCUCUCAAUGGCCAUCUCUGACAUCAUUGACAAUCAAUUCAUAUAGAGUACUACCAGUCGACGUUCAAUUCCCACCAUCACUGACCCAUUUGGAAAUCUCCUAUGCUUGUAGGGAUGUAUUUUCGGUUGAUCUAUCCAACCUGACAUCUCUAACAGACUUACUCUGCCUUAGACUACCAUUAGACCCACACACCAUGAAACAAUCGUUCUUCCCACCCAACCUGCAACACCUCUCGAUGGACUAUCGGUUCUUUGGCUCGACCAAACCUCCACCCAAGGUUACAAAGAUGUCGAUGGGUACCAGCUCAAGACUCCCACCAGACUUUUUUCCUCAUGGCCUCUUGAGAUUAGAGUUGUAUCUCAUCAAUGGAGCAGUGCUUGAUCCAUGGACACUACCCCACGGAUUAGAAAUAUUGCAUAUUUCGCACUGCGAAUGCACAGUAUCAUCAGAGUUUAUUCCAGACUCUGUUAAAGAUCUGUGGGUCAAUGUUAUUAACCCCGAAAAAGCGAUAUUCCCAAGUGGAUUGGUUAAAUUUGCAACAUCAACCAAUUACGAAUCACCAUUCAAUUACCCACCAACGCUACGUAAAUUGCUCUACGAAAGAGGUGAUUAUCCACCACCAAUCAUCUAUUUACCAACAUCACUGGAAAAAUUUGAAUGUCAUAUCACAAAAAUCCAAGAUACAUCAAUAUUCAUACUUCCAACAACCAUGAUAAUCAACAAUGAUAAUAGUUCAAUAACCGAUAAUCCUCUUCAUUUUAUAUUACCACAUCGUCUCAAGAAACUCAACAUCGAGUGUAGCGAUGUACCUUUGCACAAUGAUGAUUGCAGUAUUCGAAUCGAUCAAAUCAUCAAUUGUUCAAAUGUUGAGCAUAUACAUCUAGGCCUUACGGUUUUGACCACAUUGGACAUCUACAUUAGACGAUUAGACAAUGGUUAUGUGAUGAUGAAUCUAGGUGAAACCUUUUUCGGUGGAAUCUAUCGACAACAACGUAGAUUGGGAAACAUCAUCGACUUGGAGAAUAAAAGUCCAUUGGAUUUCCGUGCAAUCUAUUUAAAUUUUAGAAAAAAUGGAAACCAUAUACAUAUUUAUCCAAGUAAUACUCCAAUCAAAAAAUAA